AUGACAACCUCCAACCCCUCUCAUCUUCUCAUUUCUCGAAAUUCACCCCGUUCCCCCACUCACACACACCUCGUCCCUACCUUUGCGGCUCGUCACUCCUCCCUAGUUUCCUUGGACGCCAACGAUGCUAGUGCGCACCACCGCACUCAGUCAGCCCCCAACAAUCCUUCAAGCCUGAACCUUCCAGAAGAUAUGGAAGAAGAAGAAGGAGAAGAGGUAGAAACUGUGGAGGUACAUCCCACCUUCCGACGAGACGCAGCUUUACUCGGCACGGUAAAGGUGAGAGUAGGCGGGAGUGAUUUUUGGUGUCAUAAGGAAAUUCUCUACUUUGCCAGUCCAUUCUUUCAAGGAUUACUUCAAGGAUGUUGGGCCGAGACCGCUUGUGUGACCGAUAGAUCCUCAAGUCCAUUCAGACGCGAUACAGAUGUUGACCCAUUACCUGUUCUAGCGGAGCAUCCUACUUCUUCCUUUGCCUCGUCUUCAAAUUCAGAAAGUCCGGAUCAUGAGGAGGAAGUCGCGGAUAGAAGGAAGACAAGCGUAUACCUAGAUGCAAGCGAGGACGAGCCAAGUAUCACCGACAUCUUGAGAGAACUACGGGAGCUACCAGAUUCUCAGAUACACGUUUCCCUUUCUGAUCGUCCUUCGCGAUCCUCAGGCGCAACAUCAUCUCAUAUCGACCCAACUUACCGUACACAGCACGACGAAACACCUCUUGACCAUGCUCUCCCAUCGUCUUCGAGUAGACGAAGGAGGUCCUCGAUACGUCACUCGUUCUCCUCAGGAACGGACAAUGCUCGUCGGCCUACGGACCCGGUGGCAGUGGUGGAGCUGCACGAGACAAGUCCAUCGGCCUUCCAGGAUUUUCUGAUGUGGGCUUAUCCGCAUAUGGAGUGUAAAGUCAGCUGGACCAAUGUGGAGGAUCUUCUGGCGCUAGCAUCCAAACUCUUAGUUCCAUCUUUACAAAAGAUGUGCGAGAACUUCCUCGUCUCUCAUGCAUCAGGUAAACCUAUCGUGGCUCUCUCCUUGGCGGAGACGUACGAACAUGCAGACUUGUACAGAGAAGCAAGUCGAUUUGUCCUAGACCAAUCUACGUGGGAUCACGAGGAGAUGUCUCAGUUGACUGAAACGACAAGAUUGAAACUUUCACACCGACGGACCUGGUUCCUUGAACGUCUCCUGAAGCUCGGUAGCAUCGACGUGCGAAAAGAGUACAGCUGUAGGGUCGAUUGUCCUGACCCUGCUAAAUGUCAGACCCAAUUAGAUGAGAAAUGGCGUCAAGCCAAUUCUACAGUCAGCAGAUACGGUCCUCCCCAGCCAUCUGUCGCCUUCCGUGCGCUGACGGUUGGAUGUAUAAGGCAGUUGGAGACAUUCCCCACGAAUCCAAGUUUGGUCAUGCCUCAUCCACUAUGCCAAUCUGCGGCCAAGGCUUGGGUAAUGACUUGUGAAGUAUUCGAUAGGAUGUUCCAGCCAAAAAUGAUUUCUCAUCCCCUCAAUCCCGGUACGGAGAAGGUGAGUAUUUCAGGUUUUGUGACAUGA